ACGUCGCGAGAGGCGGUGAAGGUUUGGAGAGGCAGGCUGGCGGAGCGAGCACAGUGGCUGCCAGAGAAGUAUUACGAGUUGGGGCUGUGAUGUGAUGAGUCCCGCUCCUGCCCGGGUCAUGGCUGCCUCACCGGGGCAGUGCGGGCUCUGCCUGCUCCUGCUGGCCUCGCUGCUCCAGGAGACUAGCGCAUUGAAAUGUUACUGCGAGCAUUGUGUAAAAGAGAACAAUACCUGUGAGACAGAUGGAAUGUGUGUAAUAACAUCGACAAUCAAAGAUGGCAAAGAAACCCACAACAGAAUGUGUCUCCACUCAAAAGACCUGUUUCCCCAGGGCAGACCUUUUGCUUGCGUCAAGCCUGUACUUCCGGGCUAUAAGACUUACUGCUGUAACAAGGACUUGUGCAAUGAAAGGAUAGAGAGCCCAGAAGUUCCACCACCAGAAAACCAUUUUCCUACCUUAAGCCCAGUCGAGUUGGCUGCGGUUAUUGCAGGACCAGUUUGCUUCAUUUGCAUACUACUGAUGCUGAUCUUGUAUGUCUGCCAUAAUCGCACAGUCAUUCAUCAUCGUGUGCCAAAUGAGGAAGAUCCAUCACUGGAUCGUCCCUUUAUAUCUGAGGGUGCCACUUUAAAAGAUCUGAUUUAUGAUAUGACGACUUCAGGAUCUGGCUCAGGUUUGCCAUUACUUGUGCAACGAACAAUUGCUAGAACUAUAGUUCUACAAGAAAGUAUUGGAAAAGGUCGGUUUGGUGAAGUUUGGCGUGGCAAAUGGAGAGGAGAAGAAGUUGCAGUAAAAAUCUUUUCCUCUAGAGAAGAGCGCUCUUGGUUUCGGGAGGCAGAAAUUUAUCAAACUGUGAUGCUGCGACAUGAAAAUAUUCUGGGAUUUAUUGCAGCAGACAACAAAGACAAUGGCACAUGGACCCAACUAUGGCUGGUGUCUGAUUACCACGAACACGGAUCACUCUUUGAUUACCUGAACAGAUAUACAGUUACAGUGGAAGGAAUGCUAAAACUAUCAUUAUCUACUGCUAGUGGCCUUGCACAUCUUCACAUGGAAAUUGUUGGGACGCAAGGUAAGCCAGCUAUUGCCCAUAGAGAUUUAAAAUCAAAAAAUAUAUUGGUUAAGAAGAAUGGAACCUGCUGCAUUGCUGACCUUGGACUUGCAGUCAGACAUGAUUCUGCUACAGAUACUAUUGACAUUGCACCAAAUCACAGAGUGGGAACAAAAAGGUACAUGGCCCCAGAGGUUCUUGAUGACUCCAUAAAUAUGAAGCAUUUUGAGUCUUUUAAGCGUGCUGAUAUCUAUGCAAUGGGAUUGGUUUUCUGGGAAAUUGCCCGUCGCUGUUCCAUUGGAGGAAUCCACGAGGAUUAUCAACUCCCUUAUUAUGACCUUGUACCAUCUGACCCAUCUGUAGAAGAAAUGAGAAAAGUGGUCUGUGAGCAGAAACUAAGACCAAACAUUCCAAACAGAUGGCAAAGUUGUGAGUCAUUGAGAGUUAUGGCCAAAAUCAUGCGUGAGUGUUGGUAUGCCAAUGGAGCGGCUCGACUUACUGCGUUGCGCAUCAAGAAAACUCUCUCACAACUAAGCCAACAAGAAGGCAUAAAAAUGUAAUGCAUCCUUUGGACCUGAAAUGCGUCAGCAACUUCUUUACUUGGUUUGCCUGAUUAGAGGAUACAUUGUUCUACCUCGUUGAGGGAACGGACUAACUGCUGCCUUUUUGAAAAGUCAUAGGAGGAAAUCUAUGCUAUUUGUGUACAUUCAGGAAAGAGAAACUGCUCUGGUCCAGGUUGUAUACUUGGAUCACCAUCUUCCCAGGACAAUUUUGUAGAUGUGUAUUUAGUAUUGUUUCUAUUAACAAAAUGGUACAAAUGAAUAUGCUGGUCUUAACAUUUUAUGUUUUCUUACCUCCCCCUAUUUAAACUGCUGGAACCUUUGAAACUGUUUGAGAUAAGCUGUUUGAAUUUCCUUUUCUUUUUAAACAAGAGUCUAUUUUCUCCUUGGUCUCAAGAUACUAACUAUCCAAAGCCUUUGCUAAACAUUUUGUAAAGGUUUGUUAUGAGCACCUGUGCGCAUCCUACUUUUACAAAAAAGGAAAAUACCUCAUCCAUUUGGGGAUAUCAUUUAUGCAAAUCAGUUUUUAUACACUACAUGCCUUCAGAAUUAAUUGUAUCACCAGUAAGUGCCACAUACAGUAUAUUAUUUUUACACCAGUUCGUAAGUUAUUAUGCAACAUUUUGCUUAGUGUUGUUUUUUUUUGUACAACAAACAAAAAAUUGAUAUUGGUUUGAAAAAUAUAUCUUUCUGACAGUUAAUCAUUCGUCUGUGACAAUAUUUCUUCAACUAUAUGUAUUAUAAAUCUUGGCAUACGCUGACAACAGCAUCCUCUAAUUUCAAUAUUACAUUUUUACAGAUAACCUUAUCCUGUUUUCCACACAUCAUUCCUAGAUUUGGCUUCUUAUGCACAAUUUUCAGUGGUUGAUAGUUCCAUUCAUGUGUAGACUGCCAUGGGAGAAGUCGGGUUUUGUUUUUGCUUUUUAAUGUUUUAGGUUAUAUAUUAUGUAUGUAUGUAUGUAUGUAUAUAUGUGUUUAUGUAUGUUACCUCUACUGAAAGGCAGAGAGGUGAUAGUCAUUGCAGUUCUGUGGAGGCUUAUUAGCGCUAUAAUAGUGAAAAGCAGUCACUGGGUGGUGGAGGUCAGAAAAAACUGACCUCCCUACCUAUGACCUGCAACACCAGCCAGACACUCCAGACACUUGGGGUUUAACCUCUGUAAGACAGAGCAGAUACA